AUGUACGACAGUCGUUCAUCGGGUGUGCACGAUGCGGCGCCACGAGAUGAGGUCGAUUUCAUGUACGAGGGACCACAACAGGUACUCCCGGGUGCGCACCCGCUGCCGCUUUUUCACCCGGAGAACUCUGUCACACGACCACCCGUAUCCCCGUACCUGCCGUCUCCUCAGCGACCACACCCGUACUUCACCCACGAGCUACCGGAGCUGCCACAUUUUCAGACAACGAGGCCGAUCGUGUACACUGUAGGCACAAUGAAGCAACGCAUCGUGGCGCCGGUGUUCGAUCUAGCGAACAACGUCACGCACACUCGCGAGUUGGACCCGUUCAUAUUCGGCUUUUACCCGGAAACAGAGGAGAUGGCGAAAAACCUGAGCUACUGGCUCGUGCGCUGCCAGAACUUCUCCAGCAAGUGGGACUACGAGAACCGCGAGAUUUGGCGAAAGGCCAAGAAGAACUGGCCGAACACUGGCAUGGGCAUGGCACGCGUUGGCGACCGCAAAAACCACGCCCACCCAUGGGGAGCGCACUCAAAGCCGGUGAAGCCGUGGAACAUGCUCAUGCCAACAAUGGAUGUUAAGACAUGGAGCAAGAGUAAUCGCAUGCUCGUCACGCUCAAGAUGCUGCAGGGAAAACUGCAAAUUGUGGAGCGUCUGACGCUGCCCGAGCCCACGCAGGAGGCGUACCUGCAGCUGUGCCGCACCAUGGGGUGGGACGUGCGACACAAGGGCGGUGGCGCGCUGUUCAUGGAUGGCGGCUCGCGACUGACACCCAGCAGCGAGUACGAUCGUGCGUUCUUCUUUGGUAGCUUUUUCAAUGGGCGCAACAAGCUAGUCCGGCCGACGCUGUUGUGCGACGAGCCCUAUGACUACAACCGCACCUCUUCCAAGGCGCGCACCAAAGGCCCGAAGGGCCAGAAGAACCCCAUCCCGAUCAACCGAUUUAACGCCUACGACGCUCUCACCCACGACACUCUCAUCAUUACGGAGGGCGCACUAAUGCAACUUGAAGAUGAGAUGUACACGCACAAGCUGACAAUGCUGCCCCCGCACAUCCGCGCGCAGUUGCCGGAGCGUGGAUUUCUCGACAGCGAGGUCUUGGGUGACGUGCCGCCUGCACUGCAGACUGUUCAGAUGGAGGCAGCGGCGCGUACGGAGGAGGCAGAGCAGGCAAUGUACGCCCCAUACUACGACAAUCCAUAUCAUCCAUGGAAGGAUGAGGGUGAGGCGUCAUACGCCGUCGAUGCUGUCGAAGGGACGGUGCAGCGCUACAUCAAGUCUCGCAAGACGUCAUGGGCGAUGCUCUCGUAG